UUCGCAGUUUGAGAGCAGUGAGUCAAUGACAGUCAUGGCUCCACCCGGUUCUACCAAUGGCGACGGAGAACAGGUUCUUGUAGAAGAGAACUUAUUUUUGAGAACAUUAAUAUUAAACAGGCCUCGACAAUUGAAUGCUCUUUCCUUUCAAAUGGUAUCAAAGCUUUUGGAACUUUUUGUUGCCUAUGAGGAUGAUUGUAAUGUCAAGUUGGUAAUUUUGAAGGGAAAUGGAAGAGCAUUUUGUGCUGGUGGUGAUGUUGCAGCUGUGGUUCGUGAUAUUAAUGGAGGUGAUUGGAGAUUAGGUGCAAAAUUUUUCUGGAAAGAAUUCAUUCUGAAUUAUGUAAUGGCAACAUACAGUAAGCCUCAGGUUUCAAUUCUUAAUGGAAUUGUUAUGGGAGGUGGUGCUGGUGCUUCCAUGCAUGGUAGAUUUCGUAUUGCAACAGAGAAUUCGGUUUUUGCAAUGCCAGAGACAGCUUUAGGACUCUUCCCAGAUGUAGGGGCCUCCUAUUUCUUGUCAAGACUUUCUGGUUUCUUUGGAGAAUAUGUUGGUCUUACAGGGGCAAGAUUGGAUGGUGCUGAAAUGCUUGCAUGUGGUCUUGCAACUCAUUUUGUCCCUUCAGCAAGGUUAUCAUUGUUAGAAGCAGCACUGUGCAAGUUAGAUUCAGGUGCUCCAGCCACCAUUUCUUCAAUACUUGAUGAAUACUCUCAGCAGCCUCAUUUGAAAGAGAACAGUGCUUAUCACAAGUUGGCUGUUAUUAAUAGGUGCUUUUCUCGGAGAACAAUCGAGGAAAUUUUGUCUACCCUUGAGAGAGAAGCUGUAAAUAGCGCUGAUAAUUGGAUCUCUGCAACAAUUCAAUCUCUGCAGAAGGCAUCCCCAACAAGUCUUAAAAUCUCUCUCAGAUCGAUCAGAGAAGGAAGACUCCAAGAUGUAGGUCAAUGCCUCACCUGCGAGUACAGAAUGGUUUGUCAUGUCCUGCAAGGAGAAGUCAGCAAAGAUUUCUUUGAGGGUUGCAGGGCUAUACUGUUGGACAAGGAUAAGAAUCCAAAGUGGGAGCCUUCCAGAUUGGAGCAAAUCAAUGAAAGUAUGGUAGAGCAAUACUUCUCCAAGGUAGAUGAUGAAGAGUGGGAAGACCUAAAGCUGCCUGCUAAGUUCUCCUUCUCUGCAUCUUUACUUGCAAAGCUUUAAAUAAGUGAAGCUGCAUAAUAGAGAACAUCGAUUUUACAUUGCUACCUUUAGUGCUUUUGCGCCUUCCCAACCCCUUGUUAUAAACAGAAAGUUGCUUGGCUAUUCACUUGGGACCCUCAUGAACUCACUGGCUAGUCAGUUUGCUCAGCUAUGGCUCCUCAGCUUGUAAUAAGCUGAAUAGCUGCUCAACAUGUAAUAUGAAGAAAAAAAAAAACAGAACGUAUUCCAAAUGGAAAUGUCUGCAAAAUGUUGAGGUGGGUUUUCCAAUAAUGAAUAUUAUCCCUUUUUUUUUUUU